AUGUUUAAAUUAAGACUCCUCAACGCUGUCGCCCCAGCAUACUUUUUCUCAGCCACAGCGGUAACCUUCAUUUUUCACUUCUGCUUUUUCAUCCCAACGAUUUUUCAAAGCCCGGGCAUCUCACUGAGAGCAUCAACUGUGAUUCACACCGCCGUUUUCCUAUACCUGAUGCUGAACGCUUUAGGUAACUAUGUCAUGACUAUAAAGUACCCUGCUGAGAGCGCAAAUGAGACUGUGAUUCCUGCAUGUUCGGCAGAUUGCUCAGAUAAAAUAGACGCCCACUACCUCCUCAACGGUCGCCACUUCUGCAAACUCUGUAAGAAAGUCAUACUCAGGAGGGACCACCACUGUUUUUUUACUGGAAACUGCAUUGGCAACAAAAACAUGCGAUACUUCAUCAUGUUCUGCAUAUACACGUCAUGCACUUGUUUGUACUCCUUGGUUCUUGGUGUGGCCUUUCUAACUGUGGAAUACAACAUCUCUUUUGAGAACCCAUUGACUUUCCUCACCCUUCUGCCCCUCUCUACUGGUUACUUCUUCCUAGGAGUUAUCUCAGGUCUGCAGUUCUUCCUCGUGCUGAUGCUAUAUGUGUGGCUGGGCAUCGGCUUGGUGUGUGCAGGGUUCUGCUGUCAGCAGGUGCUGCUGGUAGCGCGGGGGCAGACCUACUGCCAGAUGAAGCGUGGCCAGCUGGUGGAGAGCUGCAGCUCAUGGAAGGACAACCUGAGUGAUGUGUUUGGCUCCCACUGGGCAGUGGGGCUUUUCCUGCCAGUACAGACAGUGGAGACCUUUUCAGGAGAGGUCACUGCCCACCACCAUAAACAUGACUGA